AUCAUUUUGUCAAAAAAAAGCAAAAAACUUGAGGAAAGAUUUUUGUCGCACGAAGAAGUUCUCGUCGUCUCGCAAAUUUCGUCUUUUAACUCCAACGAAAAAGAACAUCCGGCAAGAUGCAGGGCCUUACCAUGGCUAGUUUGAAGAAAAACCCAGCGCUCAUCCCGCUGUACGUUUGUAUCGCGCUGGGUGGUGCCGGCGCCGUGUUCUACACGCUCCGCUUGGCCCUCCGUAGCCCCGAGGUCACCUGGAACCGCAAGUCCAACCCGGAGCCGUGGGAAGAGUACAGAAACAAGCAGCAUAAGUUCUACUCUCCGAUCCGAGACUACUCGAGCAUCGCCAGCCCGGCCCCGAAGUACACCGAUUAAGUGCACAUCAGCUCCUAAAGGCCGCCGGCUAGAAUGAGGAAAGCAAGAAACAGUUAUCCUUAGCACCAACAAGAGACCAUUAUCCGUGUGACCGUUCCCCGCAGUAGUGCCGUUUAAUCCGACGCGUUGUUAAAACAGCCGCAACAUUGAUUCGAGCAACAGAAAUCGUAUUGGACCCUCUUGAUGCACUGUGCGUUUCGAGAGAAAUUCGUCAAAGACCAUCGAUUGGCGCUUCUUCUGGUUUGGUUGGCAUUGCAUAUUCUAAGUUGUAAAUAUGGUCCAAAUCGUAUGGUAACCGGGAGUCAUUAAACGGCUAAUAAAACCUGCUGUUGGAAACACAAAAGGGUUCUCAAAGGCGC